AAAACGAAAAAUUUGAAAAAAUGCCAUCAGAUGUUGUGACAAUUGUGGUAACGGCUGGAAUUGGAGUAAGUGUGGUGGCGGGUGUUUUGUCCGGAGUUUGCUACAUAUUAAUACAAGGGAGCAAGUCACAAAGGAGCCGUAGUCCAGCCUUGCAGUGGCACUGCGCUGUAUGUGGGAGCUACCUUCGUUCGCACUUAACCGAAGACGUAAAAAUAGUGAUAUGUGUAGGGUGCGAAGAAAGGGUUUGCAAGCAGCGUUGUUCCAAGUACGACUGUCGUCGGAAGGGUUGGACGUGUUAUGCAUGCCUGAAAAGGCCGUCCUGGAUGCAAGCCAUUCUCCAGUCUCUUCCUUUACGUAAUCAUAACAAAGGCGUUUUGGCGGAUACUGCGGUAUCCAGGCGGAGCGAAAAUAUGGACGAAAAAUUUGAUCUCACGCGGAAGCGCGAAAAAAUGCUCGUGCGGGAUUUUAUCGAAAAUUUAGUCUCUUCGCUGUUGGGCGCGAGUGUGGAUGAUGCCAGUAUUUCCAGAAUAUACAAAGAUAAACACUAUGAUACGCUUUUUACGAAAUAUCAUCAAGAAUUAAAAGACACCAUCACCAACUUAAGCUCAACACUGCAUUCGUCAAUAUGUGAUGCUCCGUUUACAGAAGCGAGUUCGUCCUCAUCUCACGCCAAAUUAAAACACACGAUCCAGCGCAUAUUUGAGGAAGCUGCCCGCUUACCAUCUUUUCGAAAAUUGGUGGAAAAUCACGCAUCUGAUUUCAACGAGGGCGAACAAACCUACGAAGGACUACUAGCAACUGCUAUUUUAAACAAAAUAAUAACGAAGCACGAAAACGAAUUACCAUCUACCUCAACAGCACCAACUCACACCAAAAAAUAUGCCUCUUGGGAAACGGAAGCUAGCGACUUGGACCUGGACUUCAGCUCCCUUUCCAGCAGUGACUCCACUCCAAGUUCCACCAAAUGCAUCGAUCGUGUUUCGUGGACCAUACAGCAGAGGAUUGAAGAAGAAGGUUCCACCGAAGUGCUGGACUUUGACGACCGGCCCUUGAGCCGCACAAACUCCCUGCUCAGUAACAGCGACUCGAACUGGUACCUCCAAAGGCGACAGUUUCAUAGCUCAAAUUCACCGGUUCCUGUACCAAUGUUAGUGCCCAACUCUCUGAUGAAUGCCAAAGUUUUGAUCGGUGAUAAGGAAGCGGCCGAAACUUCGGACCUAUCGGACGCUUCCUCCGACUGCGAAAAUGAGGAUCCAACAUUAAAAGACGACCAGGUUUUCGCCAAAUUGAACGAAUGGCAGCAACAGGUCUCCGACGAAGACAGUUCGUUUGAUUCCGGAGUACGGGAAGACGAAUUCAGCGAUAAAAAGUUUUAUGGAAAAACGGAAAUUGUCGCAGUUGAUGAAACCAUUGGCGAUGAACCGUACGAAGAAUCGCCCUUCUUCGAUAAAUAUUCUUCCCUGAGUGAAGCCAACUUACGGUUUGGUCGAGACUAUUACACUAGACAAGCCAGUUCGCCCUCCGGCAAAGUGAAAAGGGAAGAGGACGAAGAAAAUAACAAUUCGUACGAAUUAUUCCGCGCCGUUCCUGCAACCGCCGACAACGACCUGAACGUCGAUAGCAUUUCCCAACUAACGAAUAAUUCCGACCAAAGCCUAAUCAAUUAUUACGACGUUGAAAACUCCAAAGUUUAUUUCCGGGCACCGGACGACAACCAAAACUUUGAAGUGAAGCUCAACGAGAAACAAGCCUCAAACGAGUUUGAAGAAGAGGCAGCGACAGAAACUAUCAUUUUAAGCGAGCCUAAAGUGCGGCUGCCUGAGUCAAGCCCGGUUAAAAUCGAAGACAAAUCGCCAAAAAAUAACACUGAACCUAGUGUUAAAACGGCCAAGAAGUCGGACAACACCUGGAUAAAGCAGAUUUAUUCCAAUCCGACCGUUCGCAAUUUCGCGCUCACAAACCGGGAAAAAAUCCCGUUUGAAUAUGACAAUGACGAAACUAAAGUUGCUGCAAAACCCAGCGAUGGGAACAGUUCAAGUCAUUUCUCAAUUCAGAGUGCGACUGAGGACACAAACAAUUUUAGUUUGGAGUUUUCGGACAAUGGGUCGGUUCAAGAUCAGGCUGAGGAAGUUAAUGAAAUCGAAAUGCUCAAGGAGCAGCGACUUGUGGCUCAUCGGUUAGGUGAAUUUUCAAGCUCGUUUCCGAACCUUGCGAAGAUCAGUUCCUCGGAGAAGAAGGCUAAUAAGACUAGCUCCGGUGUUAGUGAAGUUGGAGCGGCGCCUGAGGCGGAGGAUGUUUUGCCGAAUACAUUCAUUGUCUCAGUGAAGGAUUUGAGAAAAAUUUUCGAGAACAAAGAUGCUUCAAGUCAUAAGGAUAAGCCAAUGCAUAGUUUAACAGCGAGAAGCAUUUCGAAAAAUACCAAAGAGAAGCUGAAAAACGUCACCAAUGAGUAACUUAUUGUAAUUCUUUUAGAUAAGAUACUCAAGAAACUUAAGAUUCUUCUGUAUUUUAAUGUAAAAAAGGUAGAGCUAAGUAAUUAUCUGUCCAAAGAUUAUAAUUAUGGUUUACGUAAUACGUAUGUUUAUUAAAUAUAAUGUGUUCUUAGCGAAAAGAUUUGUAGAACUGUAUUUAUUGUAUAAAGCAAACUUCUUAAUAAAAAUAUCAGGUGUGCCAUUCCA